AUGGCGGCCGUCGCUUCACCAAAGCCUCCCGUCUCCGCCAAGCCUCCUUCUAUCACCCACCCAUUUCAGCCUCGCACCACUCUCCUCCCUCGAUUUGCCCUUCCCAUUGCUUCCAAUCCUAAAAAACGCCACCGUCUCCACAUCUCCAAUGUCCUCUCCGAUUCAAAACCGACAACCGCCGCCUCCACCACUACCCGUCCUCCGCUGCCUGCGGAGCCUUUCGUCUCCCGCUACGCCCCUGACCAACCCAGAAAAGGUUCCGAUGUCCUCGUGGAAGCUCUCGAGCGCGAAGGUGUCACCGACGUCUUCGCCUACCCUGGCGGCGCAUCCAUGGAGAUCCAUCAAGCUCUGACCCGGUCUCAAAUCAUCCGAAAUGUCCUCCCUCGCCACGAACAGGGCGGUGUGUUCGCCGCCGAAGGUUACGCUCGCGCCUCUGGUCUUCCCGGCGUAUGUAUCGCUACCUCCGGUCCCGGAGCUACCAAUCUGGUAAGCGGCCUUGCUGACGCGCUGCUCGACAGUAUCCCCAUUGUUGCCAUCACCGGCCAAGUCCCCCGGAGAAUGAUCGGAACCGAUGCGUUUCAAGAAACCCCGAUUGUGGAGGUAACGCGUUCCAUUACUAAACACAAUUACCUUGUUUUGGAUGUCGAAGACAUCCCCCGUGUCGUCCGUGAAGCUUUCUAUCUCGCAUCUUCCGGUCGACCUGGUCCUGUUCUAAUCGAUGUCCCGAAAGAUAUUCAGCAACAAUUAGUCGUACCCAAAUGGGAUGAACCCAUGAGAUUAUCUGGUUACUUAUCUCGAUUACCAAAACCACCAAAUGAAGAACAUUUAGAACAGAUUAUUCGUUUAAUAGCAGAGUCAAAAAGACCAGUUUUGUACACCGGCGGUGGCUGUUUGGAUUCCAGCGUUGAAUUGCGCCGAUUUGUUGAACUCACCGGAAUCCCAGUCGCCAGUACUUUAAUGGGUCUCGGAGCUUUCCCAGCUUCCGAUGAUUUAUCCCUUCAAAUGCUCGGAAUGCAUGGAACUGUUUAUGCGAAUUAUGCAGUAGAUAAAAGCGAUUUGUUGCUAGCGUUUGGGGUUAGAUUUGAUGAUCGUGUAACAGGAAAGCUUGAAGCGUUUGCAAGCAGAGCCAAAAUCGUUCACAUUGACAUCGAUUCUGCAGAAAUUGGUAAGAACAAAACACCCCAUGUUUCCGUUUGUGGUGAUAUCAAGAUCGCAUUACAGGGUCUCAACAAGAUUCUCGAAGAAAAAGGUGAGAUGAAAAAUCUUGAUUUCUCAUCAUGGAAGAAGGAAUUAGAUGAACAAAAAUCAACCCACCCUUUGAGUUUCAAAACUUUCGGAGAUGCCAUUCCUCCUCAAUACGCAAUCCAAGUGCUCGAUGAAUUGACUGGUGGAAAUGCAAUAAUCAGCACCGGAGUUGGUCAACAUCAGAUGUGGGCUGCUCAGUUUUACAAAUACAACCGCCCUAGACAGUGGUUAACCUCCGGUGGUCUAGGAGCCAUGGGGUUUGGCCUCCCUGCUGCCAUUGGAGCCGCCGUUGCAAGACCUGACUCCAUAGUCGUUGACAUCGACGGUGAUGGAAGCUUCAUGAUGAACGUUCAAGAACUCGCCACCAUUAGAGUGGAGAAUCUUCCGGUGAAGAUUCUGUUACUGAACAAUCAACAUCUGGGUAUGGUUGUUCAAUGGGAAGAUCGCUUUUAUAAAGCGAAUCGAGCACACACGUAUCUUGGAAACCCAUCAAAAGAAACAGAAAUAUUCCCGAAUAUGUUGAAAUUUGCAGAAGCUUGUGAUAUUCCUUCAGCAAGAGUGACAAAAAUCGGCGAUCUUAGGGCGGCGAUUCAGAAAAUGUUGGACACACCUGGGCCGUAUCUGUUAGACGUUAUUGUCCCACAUCAAGAACACGUGUUACCCAUGAUCCCCGCCGGCGGUGGUUUCAUGGAUGUCAUCACCGACGGCGAUGGCAGAAUUAAAUAUUAA